AUGCUGCGAGGAUUCGCUUUCACGCUGCUCGUCACUCUCGGCGUCUCUUGUAUGAAGAUGAGGGAGACGGUUGAGCGCACCGUCAUGGUCCGGACCACAGGCUCCGAUCUCCAACCCGCCGCCACUGGCUUUAUCUACAAGAAGCAAAACGAUGGAGAGGAAAGUGUUAUUGAAAUGGGCGAGAGCGAAGUUAUGGAACAGCUGUCCAAAUUGUACACGGAACCUCAAUCUUACGUCGCGCCUAUCCCUAUUAAAAAAGCAUUUGAAAAUAAAAAUGGUGAAAAUAAAGAAAAGUCGAAAGAUGACGAACGCAUUAUUCCUGUGAAAGAAAAGGCAGAAGAUGAUCAUGUUGGUCAUGUAGACGGCAUAGCAGAUGAUGAUUAUAAGAAGAUUUUCGACGAAUAUAGUGCUCACUAUGGUGACAAUACAAGCUAUGAAGAUUAUUUGCGCAGUCUGGGACAUUUUGAGGAUGGAUAUAAAGGAGGCAGCAAACAAGACGACGAAGGAUAUAAGGACAAAAACUACUACAAAAAUGGUGGAACCGGGGACUAUCAUAACGAAAAAUAUGAAAGUUACUCCUUUUCAGGAAAUGGGUCUCAUGAAGAUAGCGACGGUGACGCCGACAGACAUCACUAUGACAACAGGAAGAUCCACAAAGGUCACAACGAUGCUAACAGUAAAGAAAAAUCUGACGGAUACCGCAAAGUUUUCAAUAAGGACCAGAAGUACAAGGACUAUGGGCCAUAUGGUAACGACGGUAAAACGUUCCAAAAUUACGGAAGUGUACACCAUGGACUUGGAUAUGGAAAAGACGAUUCCCAUGAGUCAGGGCACCACGCAGGUAUCCUCGUCAAACAGGACGAAGAUGACAAAGCCAGCGGUGAACAUGAACACAACCAAUCUGCCGAAGAUGAAUCUUCCCAAGAAAAACAUGGAGAUUUCGGAUCUGAAAGCCGACAGAUUACAGACCACGGCUAUGGCUUCAAAAUUAAGCAC